GGGUUACGGGAACGUAUUGAGCACUUUCGAAACUUACAGAGUCAAAGAACGAGAGCUGCCCUUGGACCGUGGGGUUUCUUGUGGGGCAAUUGUACUGUACCUGCUCAACUCGCUUUCAAUUACUUCACCCAGAAGCGGUAGCUUGAAAUCAACAGCGACUACCAGCCACCGACGCCAAACACAGCCAAAACUAUCCACCAAGAUGAGUGGUGGUUGGAACACCAUCGAAUCCGAUGCAGGCGUCUUCACGUACCUGUUGGAUAACCUCGGCGUAAAAGACGUCCAGUUCGAGGAGCUCCUCUCGCUCAACCCGGACGCGCUCGCCCAGCUGUACCCCGUCUACGGCGUCAUCUUCCUCUUCAAGUUCCCCACCGACGCACCCUACCGCGCCGGCGACAAACCCCUCGACGGCACCUUCGACCAAGAUGCCGCCGAGCGCCUCUUCUUCGCGGCGCAGACCAUCCAGAACGCCUGCGGCACGCAGGCCCUGCUCAGCGUGCUCCUCAACAAGACCCCGGACAACACGGCCUCCCCGAGCGGCAGCGACGACGACGACGACGAGACCAUCGACAUCGGCCCGGAGCUGACCUCCUUCCGCGAGUUCACCAUGGCCCUGCCGCCCGAGUACCGCGGCGAGGCCCUCUCGAACAGCGAGCUGAUCCGCGACGUGCACAACAGCUUCGCGCGGUCGUCACCCUUUGUCGACGAAACCCAGCGCGGGCCCGACGAGGCCGGCGAGGACGCCUUCCACUUCAUCGCCUACACCCCGAUCGGCGGAACCCUGUACGAGCUCGACGGCCUGCAGCCCGCGCCCAUCAGCCACGGCCCCUGCACGCGAGACGAGUUCCCGCGCAAGGUCAUGGACGUCCUGCAGCGGCGCAUCGCCCGCUACGACGCGACCGAGAUCCGGUUCAACCUGCUCGCCAUGGUGCGCGACCUGCGGAUCCGCGCCCGCGAGAUCGGCGAUUUUGAGCUGCUGGCCAGGGAGGAGCGGAAGCGGAGGGACUGGCAGUUCGAGAACGCCCUGCGGCGGCACAACUUUGUCGGCUUCGCCGGGGAAGUGCUCAAGGGGGUUGUCGCGGCCAAGCUCAAGGAAGGGGACGGGGCGUACGAGAGGUGGGUGGACCAGGGCAGGCAGAAGAUGCAGAGGAGGAUAGAGGAACGCAAGAAGAGCGGUGCUGGCGGCGGGGGCUCAGGAGAGGAUGUGGAGAUGGCUGGGUAGCAACAAUCCGGUGCCAUGCUCGAUCGCUGGACAAGCGACAUCUCGGUGGUCACGAAGGCCGAGAUAUAACUAUGGAGCAAAUAUCAAAGUUUUUAGCAUGGCCCAUCUUCAACACGGAAUUUUAAGUGCCCACACGU